GAGAGUCCUACGAGCCAAGCCACGUUGUACAAACUAAAGCCGACCGGCGCACACAGUGUGUAGAGAUAUAUUCAAACUCUCCGUGCCGAGGGACCUGGAACCUCGCAGGAAAGAAGAAGGGACUCGAUUCGAAGUGGUUGAAAAAGUUUGUAACCGACACGAAAACCGGGUAAUCGCGACGAAUUGAUAAAAAUAUAGGAGUGAACGGAUGAAUUUUCGAUAAUUGAAUACAAUGAAUGAAUAAUUUUACACGGUGUGAGAGUGUAAACAGUGCAGUUCCGAUUCGGCGAUUUUCAAAUAGCGGGAAAAAUAGAUUUAUACUCACGGAUCGUUUAAACGGAAGAAAAACACGGUCGUAUAUCCCCUUCAGAUAGGAAGAGAGUUUUUUAAUAUUGGCUGCGCAGGUAUAACCCGAGGGAAUGUCGUGAUGGCAGAAAGGCCCCGGCGGCCGAGUUCAAAACUCGGAUCAGAGUUGUCUUCACCAACGACCGCAAAGAGACGAAGAAAAUCCUCUGAUAAUACCGGCGCAGGCGGUGCAUCAACCGAUCUCGAAGGACCUCCCGGAGAGUCGGAAUCGGCGACUGAAAAACCUACGGGAGAGAAAAAAGGAGAAUCGGGAGAAGCUGCCGCCUCGUCGACGACGAGGACAAGGAGCGAUUCCGGGGAAAAAUUAGAGGAAGUUCUCGCCGAGGGCGAAACGUUGCAAGCGGCCUCACCGAAUAGGGAAUUAUCGACACCGGGUCCUUCUACCUCGCAAAUUCCAGCUUCCGAAGGUCGUCCCGCAGCCGCUACCGGAAGAAUGGAUGUCAGAGAAGUUCAGGUCGUCGAAGGAGGUCUGACUUUUCAGACGUCGCUCAUGGGGGAACACGCUCAUUAUCAGGAACUGUCGUUGAUCGGCAAUGGCGCUUACGGUACGGUUUACAAAGCUAAAGAUAUAACAAGCGGACAGGUUGUCGCACUGAAAAAGGUUCGCGUACCGAUAACCGACGAAGGACUUCCAACCUCGACGCUCAGAGAAAUCGCAGCUUUGAAGCAACUCGAGCGAUUCGAGCAUCCCCACAUUGUGAGGCUUCUGGACGUCUGUCAGGGUAAUUAUCUGAACCUACCCGGUGGCGAUGAACGUUCGGAAACGGUUAACAGAGGAUUAACCCUUUGGCUGGUGUUCGAACACGUGGAACGUGACCUGGCCUCUUUUUUAGCGUCGCGUCCGCCGCCCGGACUUCCCGGUCACGUUAUAAAACAAAUGUCAAAAGAAAUUUUACUGGGUGUUGAUUUUUUACACAGUCACAGGAUCAUCCACCGCGAUCUCAAGCCGCAAAAUUUACUCGUCACCAGUCAGGGGAGGAUUAAGAUAGCCGACUUUGGACUCGCGAAAACUUACGACUUCGAAAUGCGGCUAACAUCCGUGGUCGUUACGUUAUGGUAUAGAUCGCCAGAGGUUCUUUUGGGAUGUGCGUACGCCACACCUGUGGAUAUUUGGUCUGUCGGUUGCAUAUUGGCCGAAUUGAGUAGACUCGAACCAUUAUUUCCCGGAACAAGUGAGGGCGAUCAAUUGGACAGAAUAUUUCGGGUGAUAGGGACACCGUCGCAACAGGAAUGGCCGGACGAUGUCUCUCUGAGUUGGACGGCGUUUCCCCACCGUCGCCCGACGCAACUGAGGAGUAUAAUUCCUGAUCUGCCCGAUCCAGGACUAGAUUUGAUACAAAGGAUUCUCACGUUUAAUCCGCACGCGCGUCCCUCCGCUGUUCAAGCUCUAGCCCACCGUUACUUUAUGGAAGACAGUUCCUGAAUAACGGAAAUUUUUUCCGGUUCUGCAUUCACUGUUUUAUUUUUUUUUUCUAUUUCUCCAUCGGAUAACUUUUACAUAAUUAUCAAUUAGUUGAUGAGUGAAUCGUUGUAGAUACCACUUGAAUAGUUGUUCAUCGCGCGGUUACAAUGUAUGUAUAUAUUUAUUCGAAGUAAUGUAUACAUAAUAUGUCGACGGUAAGUGGAUAGAACGAGUUCGGAACGUUCGAAUUACCGACCAACUUCCGGCGCAUUUGCACAUAUACCUAUAUGGUAUAUACUUUAUACUAUAAUCUCCCAAAAAAGAUUGGGAAAGUAAAGAGAAAAAAAACAAAAGAAGAACGACUAGGAAUAAGAGACGUGUAUUAUAAUGCAACCUGCACAAGAAUUAUUCGUCGCAUUCCUAAAGCAUCAUUCGUUAGAUAAUACUUUCUUUAUGUUAUUAAAUUUUACCGCGCUCCCGAGUAAAAUAAAUGUAAUACGUAUAAUAUAUAUUUAAUUAUAGAAUAAAAAUAGGUUCAUAUUGGAAAAAAAGAAUCACAUACACACAUCCAUAAACUUUGAGACUGGGGUUCUAUAUGCGGACUCAUUAGAAAAUUUUUGAAGACUUCGGGGUCUUCUUUAUAGAAAAAAAAAUUAUCAUAAUACUGCCAUAACUCUAAGACUCAAAAACCAAGAUAAAACGCUGUAUCUAUAGGAUAUUUAGAUUUAAGUAAAUACGUUUGCCAUGAGAUAAUAAACUGAAUUAUGGGUAUUUUGUGUAUUAUAAUACAUGAAUAAUUACAUUUAUCAGCACAAAACUAAUAUAAUAUUCAUUUUUACCUGACGUACUUGUGUUGUACGUAAGGCCUCAUCUUGUUUUUGUAUGAAAAUUAUGAAUGUCAAUAAUCUUAGUUAUGUCA